AUGGCGUCCACGCGGGAAGUAGAAACUUUUUCCGUACAAGCGAAUGGAUCGGCAGUAGCAACGAAGUGGAAAAGAUGGCUGAGAGCAUUCGAGUUAUAUAUGAGCACGAGAAACGUCGUGAAUCCACAACGAAAGCGAGACUUUCUACUACACACAGCCGGAUUAGAGGUACAAGAUAUCUAUUAUACAUUUAAUAUUGAGGAAGAAGAAGGAACAGAUAUAUAUAAAGAAACAAUAAAACGGCUAGAUGAGUAUUUCAAGCCAACGGUUAAUGAACCAUACGAAAGACUUUUGUUCCGCUCAAUAACGCAACAAGAUAAUGAAUCAGUUAACCAGUUUUAUGUCCGUCUGAAGCAGCAAGCUCAAAACUGUGCAUUCGGCGAUAUGGAAGACCAAAUGAUAAGGGACCAGAUAAUAGAGAAAAUCCAAUCUAGCGCGUUACGUCAAAAACUAUUAGAAGAAGGAAGAAACCUCACCUUACAAAGGGCAUUGGAACUGAUCAGGUUAGGGGAAUCAUCGCAGCAACACACGAAUGCCAUCGAGCAUAAGGAGGAGACCGUCAACAGAAUACAAAGCAAACAAAACCACCAUGGAUCGAUGAGACAAAAUCAACCAAAAGCACAAGGUCAGCCAAAAGAAUCAUACAAAUGCCAUCGCUGUGGGUAUACGGGACAUUACGCAGCAGAUAAAAAGUGCCCAGCGUGGGGGAAAACUUGUGAGAAAUGUGGUUUGAAAGAUCAUUUCCAGAUAGUAUGCAAAACCAAAAAAGGCGCCAAAGCAAGAGAUAAAGGAAGAAGAGAUGUCCGCCAAGUAGAAGAGGAGGACGAAGUUCAUCGAAUACAUAGUAGAGCACCAACCGAGCAAGAAGGACAACAGAAAGAAUACGCAUUUGGAAUCAGAGCAGUACAAGAAUCGGAGAACGAUAUAAACCUGAAAAUAAAAAUGGGGGGAGUACAAACAGAAAUGCUGAUUGACUCAGGAGCGACCUGCAACAUCAUAGGUAGGCGUCAGUGGGAGUAUUUGAAAUCCAAGGGUAUUAAAUGUGAAUCUUACAAAAGUAAUAAAAUACUCUAUGCCUAUGGUAGUAAAAAACCGCUAGAAAUAUUGGGAGCGUUUGAAACAAAGAUUGAACUAAUAACAAAGAAAACAGCAGUCAACGCAGAAGUAGUAGUUCUUGAUGGAGAAGGUGGAGCACUGCUAGGAAAAGAAACCGCAUUGAGGUUAGGAGUGCUAAAGAUUGAGACGAAUAUCAACGCGGUAGAACAGAACAGGGCAACAGAAGGCUGGAACAAGGAAUUUAAGGACGUGUUUACGGGCUUGGGAAAAUUGAAAGAUUUCCAGUUGCAAAUACCAAUCAAAAAAGAUUUUAUACCAGUAGCCCAACCCGUAAGAAGAUUGCCAUAUCACCUUAGGGAUAUAGAAAGACAACUAGUCAACGAACUGUUGGAGUUGGAUAUAAUCGAACGAGUCGAGGGACCGACACCCUGGGUAUCGCCAACACAACUAGUACCAAAAACAAAAACCAAAUGGAGACUGUGCAUUGACAUGCGAAGAGCAAAUGAGGCAAUCGAAAGAGAACGCUUUCCGAUACGUACCAUCGAAGAAACCCUACAAAGCCUGAACGGAAGCAAAAUCUACAGCAAACUAGACAUCAAGUGGGCUUACCACCAAAUCGAAUUGAGCGAAGAAUCGCGAGAGAUAACAACAUUCUGUACCUCAGAUGGGUUAUUUAGAUACAAGAGAUUAAUGUUUGGUGUAAACUGUGCGCCAGAAAUGUAUCAAAGGGUCAUCAUGCAGACUCUUCAAGGCUGUAAGGGCGUCGUCAAUUAUCUUGAUGACAUUGUUGUACAUGGGCAGACUCAAGAGGAACACGAUGGAAAUCUCCGAAAAGUUCUGCAAAUACUCGAAGAAAAGGGACUCACCUUAAACGGGGAGAAAUGCCAAUUUAGUUGUCGAGAGAUAAAAUUUCUAGGACAUCACAUAUCUGAAAAGGGAAUACGACCAACAGAAAAUAGUAUUGAGGCAGUCCUAGAGUUCAGGACACCAGAGAACGCAGAGGAGGUCAGAAGUUUUCUUGGACUUAUCAACUUCUCGUCACGGUUCAUACCAGACCUUGCAACAACAAGCGAGCCGUUGAGAAGACUAACAAAGAAAAACCACAAAUUCGAAUGGAAUAAGGAACAAGAAAGAGCCUUCCAAGAACUAAAAAAAGCUAUAGUCCGACCAGGGACAUUAGGAUUUUUCCAGAAGGGGGUGAAAACACAAGUUAUUGCAGAUGCCAGCCCAGUAGGUCUUGGAGCUGUAUUAAUCCAAAUACAGAAAGAUGGACCUAGAGUGAUAAAAUAUGUAAGUAAAGCGCUAUCCGAUGUAGAAAAGAGGUACUCUCAAACUGAAAAAGAAGCCCUCGCAUUAGUAUGGGCAUGUGAGAAGUUUCAUCUAUAUCUAUAUGGAAGCGAGUUUGACCUGAUCACGGACCAUAAACCCUUAGAAGUCAUUUUCGGACCGAGAUCAAAACCCUGUGCGAGGAUAGAACGAUGGGUCUUACGCCUGCUAACCUAUAAAUACAGAGUGAUUUACAAGCCAGGGCGAUCCAAUAUUGCCGACCCAUUGUCAAGACUUCUAGAUCUUCAAGGAAAGCCAAAAGUAGAGGAGAUAGAUUUGGUACGAGUCGUUGUUGAGGCUGCAGUUCCUAAAACAAUGACACUGGAACAAAUCAAAAAGGAAACAGAAGUAGACGAAGAAAUACAAAAGAUAAAGAGAAGCUUGGAAACCAAUAAAUGGGAAAAGGAACAUAAGAUGUACGAAGUGAUCCAACAUGAACUAGGAACAGUAGAUGACAUCCUAGUACGAGGCACACGAAUCAUCCUACCGAGAAGUCUACACAAAGAAGCAAUGGAACUAGCCCACGAGGGACACUUAGGAAUCGUUGGAAUGAAGCAAAGACUCCGGACGAAAGUCUGGUGGACGACACUGGCUAAGGACGUGGAAAAAUGGUGCAAAUCUUGCCAUGGAUGCCAAUUAGUUGGAGCGCCUGACCCGCCGGAACCAAUGACGAGGACAACACUACCAAGUGGACCAUGGGAACUAGUCAGCAUGGAUUUUUUGGGACCACUUCCAUCGGGACACUACCUAUUAGUUUUGGUCGAUUACUAUAGUCGAUUUUAUGAGGUAGAAAUCAUGAUGUCAAUAACCGCAAGUAAACUACUAGAAAGAUUGAAAGUAAUAUUUGCCCGAUAUGGAAUUCCGAACACCAUUAUAAGCGAUAAUGGGAGGACAUUCAUCGAAAAAGAAUUUAAGGCUUACAUGGAAGAACACGGAAUACAUCAUCACUAUACAACCCCGUUAUGGCCUUCAGCUAAUGGAGAGGUUGAACGUCAGAACAGGUCAAUAGAAAAACGACUAAGGAUAGCCCAGGCGACAGGGAAAGAUUGGAAAGAGGAACUUUGGAAAUACCUGUUCGCUUACCGGACUACGCCACACAACACAACAGGGGUAACACCUGCGGAACUCAUGUUCAAACGGAACAUCAGAACCAAACUUCCAGACUUGACGUUAACAAACACCGAACCAAACGACGAAGAAAUCCGAGAUAGAGAUAGGCUAAAUAAAGGAAAAGGGAAAAUAUAUGCCGAUGACAGAAGAAACGCGAAGCCAACUCAAAUCUCAGAAGGAGACCUGGUAUUAAUACAACAACAAAAAAGGAAUAAACUGACUACACCAUUCAAGUCAACACCAUUAACUGUGGUUCAAAAAGAUGGAAACUCGAUAGUAGCAGAGACACCGGACGGGACAAAAUAUCGACGAAACUCGACACAUUUUAAGAAAUACGUCGAAAGGCAAGACGCAGACGAAGGCAAAGUUGAAAAUAAUCCAACUGAACUCAGCACGACCAAAGAAAAUACUCAGACACAACCGGAGCCACGGGAGAGAGAAAGACCUAAAAGAAAUAUCAAGACACCGAACCGAUUUAAUGAUUAUGACUUAACAUAA